CAAAAGCCGACCAUCGCCGUGCAUCAUCAUGGCCGUCUCCUGUCCAGCUGCCUACCUCGGCAAGCUAAAAGUAGAUUAAGCGUACUGUAGUCAACAUCACCCCUCGCAAAACAGCUGCGCUGCAGCACAAGCGUCCCUACGAGCAUUAUGGCACACGUGAGGAAACUGUGUAUCAGUGGCUUCCGGACGGACGACGAGGAAUCGUCCCUAGACGCCGUGUGCAGUAGUAGGACGCCCUGGCCCGAACUCGUCGCCGAGUCUCGGACGCGCCUUCUGAACGACCCGAAGCGGCUCGAACACUUCAUCAACCGAGAGUUCCGCUUCGCCAAGCGCACCUCCAAGAACUUCGCGGACUACACCAACAGCCGCGAGCUGGGCCUGGAGCACCUACAGCGACUACGCGUCAACCAGACCUACGGCAUUCGUCACCUCCUCCAGAACGGACUGUACCGCCAGCACGAAAUCGACCUGGGCCGCCUCAACAAGGUCUUCUGUUCGUCGUGGUUGUCCGACCGGCAGGUCGUGUUCGGCACCAAGUGCAACAAACUCAUGGUGCUCGACGUGGGCAACGGCAAGCUUUAUCAGAUCCCGAGCCUCCACAGCUCAAAGGUCAGUCCGCCGCCCGAAAACCCGUGCGGCAUCCACGCUCUCCAGAUCAAUCCGUCGAGGACGCUUCUCGCUACGGGUGCCCUGUACUCGAACGACACGGCCGUGUACCGCCUGCCCACGCUCGACCCCGUCUGCGUGGGUGAAGGAGCCCACAACGACUGGAUCUUCGAUCUAGCCUGGCUCGACGACGAGUUCUACGUGACCGGCUCUCGAGACACGACUCUAGCCCUCUGGAGGGCUCGCGAACCGCGCGGCCCGGCGUCCGAUUCGGACGACCUCACCCCCAGCUACGGGCACACGAAACCCCUAGUCGUGCGCGGCUGCAAGAACGCAGACAAGGUGCGCGCCCUGCUCUACAGCCAGCGGUACUGCGAAGUGGUGGCGCUGUCGCUCAACGCCGUCGUGCACCAGUGGGACGUGAACACGUUCCGCUGGAAGGCGUCCCACAAGCUGCCCUACUGCCAGGAGAACGUCUGCCUGGCUCAGCAGCCCCAGCGCAAUGUGUAUGCGGUCGGAUCCAAGUCGUACAUCACGUUUCUGGACUCUGGCACCUUCCGACAGACGCAGAAGGUGCCGUCCAAGUUCAUCGGCUGCAGCAUCCGGUCGCUGAGCUUCUCCAACGACCUGCUGACCAUCGGCACGGGCAUCGGGGUGGUGUUGUUCUUCGACCUGAGGGCCUCCAAGUACCUCGAGGAGUCGGCGGGGCACCGCAAGUACAGCACGCUCAAGGCGAGCAACGGCUGGGUGCAUGCGGACGACCUGUACCGCGAGGUCUUCUGGAACACCGAGUACCGUCCGGCCAUCUACACGCACUGCUACGACUCGUCCGGACUGCAGUUGUUUGCAGCAGGUGGUCCGCUCCCCGCCAGCCUCCGCGGAAACUAUGCUGGACUUUGGCACUGACCACAGUCCUUGCUGACUCUAGCAAACUUUAGUGAUGCGUAAGUUAGCUGAGCCUAAGCUAAGCCAAGUUUAAGCUAAUCUGUGCCUAAACUAAGCUGGACUUAGGCUGAGCUCAAGCUAAGCUAAACGGAGUCUAAGCCGAGUUUAAGUUAAGCCAAGCCUAAACUAAGCUGAACUUAAGCUAAGCUAAGCCUAAGCUAAGCCAAGUUUAAGCUAAUCUAUGCCUAAGCUAAGCUGGACUUAAGCUAAGCUGAAUCAAAUUAAACCCAGGCUGAACUAAACAGUCUAAGCUAAGCCGAGUUUAGGUUAAGCCAAGCCUAAACUAAGCUGAACUUAAGCUAUGCUGAGCCUAAGUUAAGCCAUGUUUAAGCUAAUUUGUGCCUAACCUAAGCUGGACUUAAGCUGAGCCUAAGCUAAGCCCAGCCGAGUUUAAGCUAAGGGAGCUUCUCUUGGUCUUGCACCUAGAACAACUUGAUGCAAAUUCAGUGCUGCUGGGACUAGGCAACAGAUGUGGCAGUGGUCAUGUAACACCGAACUGCGACCACUGAGGCGACAUUUGGAACGCGGGACAGACUGACUUCGGAAGGCCCUUCACUGAAGUUGGGAGCCUCCGUACACAGAACCGGCGGGCGACAUUUUUGACCCAUACCGUGUCUGGACAAAAAGACAGAAAGUUGCGUUUGCAAGCUUGGAUGCAACCGUGCGUGCCGACAGUUGUGCUAGAUUGUAGAAACCAGGUAUGAAACUGUCCAGCGGACGUGCGCAGAUCAUAGGUGGUUUGCUUGGUUUUGCGACGUGUUUAUUGGUGCUCCGUUUUUGCCGGACUCCAAUCGUGGUUCAGAGCGGAUGCGAAGAUGAAUAGUGCUUGAUUGUCGUGAAAAUCUGAAUCGCAUAGAAGCAUCUCGAUUAUAGUAUACCACAUUUGAGGAUCUUUAUAGUGCUGCAGAGGUGAGGGGGGGGGGGGGGGAAUGCAGCAGCGUCAUGGGACGCAGCAGCCUUUUCUGUUCAGAAAUUGCUAAUGUACGGUCGUUGCCACAGUUGUGAAAUUUUUUACCCUCGAAGAAAUGCGAUCCUGUUGCGCUUUGCCGACCUAACUUAUUUGCCGAAAUAACUGUGCUCUAUCGAACGGUGUUGAACGUUACUUGCAGACCUUAAACUUCUAGCAUCGUUACCAUUAACCCCAUAACCACCAUUGACCCUUUAAAAGAAAAAAAAACGAGUUUGGUUGCAUGUUUAGAAACACCAUUUUUAUGUUGCGAUAGUUGCCUACCGCGACCGCUAGAAUCUCAUUUUAAAAGGCUAAUUUUUUUCCUUCCAUUUCUGCGCGUUGGACCGCUCGAGCGUGGCACCGGGACAGAAGUGUCUUGUGUGAGGUGACAAUAGAAUUAAAACUUUGCCGGUUCCCGGCUUGAA